AUGCCUUUGACUAAUCCGCAAGGCUCGCACCUGGGCCUCAUCCUCCCCCUCUGCACCUCCUCCGCUACCCUCGGCCUCGCACUCUUCCAAUACCCCCUCUUCCUCUCCUUCCUCCAACAACCCACCGACCUCUCCAACCCCAAGAGCAACAUCUCGGGCAAACCCCUCUCGACCUUCUGGUCCACCUUCAUGUAUACGGGCACUUCCGUCGCCCUAGCCAUCACGACCACCAGCGCCAUCGCCGGCCUCUUAUCCGCCCAAUGGCUGCGCACGCACGCCACGCUCGAGACGACAGAUGUGAGUAAAUGGUAUACUUAUGGCGCUGUGCUCGCGGCGGGACAUCUCCUUUUCGUGCCGGCUGUGGGGGGGCCGAUUGGGAGGAUUGUGGAGAAUGGGAAGGGGGAGGUGGGGAGUGAGAGUGAGGUGGAGAGGAGUAAUGCGGAGGAGCAGAAGAUGUGGUUGGUUUGGCAUACAGUAAGGACGCUUACGGUGGAUUUGGGGGCGCUUCUUUGUUUUGCUGAGGGGGCUGCGCUGAGUCUUUGGGUUAUUUGA